GCGCGAACAUUUUACAAAACGUUCGAAGCUCAUUUCCAUUUGAAUAACGACAAGUGCAGUGCUUAAAUUAUAACUAAAAAUUAAACAGAGCAGCUCCAAAUACAAUUGUUACAUUGAAAUUCCACUCAAAACUUGCUUUAGGUUAGAGCUAGAGUUUUAUAAACAACCCUUCGUUAUUGUUAAAUAUUUAUACACACCACCGCCCGACCGCCGACCGCCCCGCGGAACGUACGCACAUUACGUGUGGCGCCAACAAUACAUAUGUAAAGGGAGAAGCAGCAGCGAUAACGAAACCAACCCAACAACAACAACUAAAAUUAUUGAAACAGAAGCCGCAAGCUCCCACAACAAUUGCCCCGCAAAUGAGGUGAACGAACUGCUGUCCACUGGUUAUCCCUCCAGCAUCCCAGCAGCACCACCCGCUCGCCAGUAAUUAAGAGGCUCUGCCGCCUCUCUCUAAUUGGGAGCUAAGAUGCCUUCACUCCGUCAGAAGGUCACCACGUACUUUCGUCAAUUGAGCUUCAUUGCAGAGCCCCGCGAGGGUCGUCGUCGUGGCAAUGCAAACGAUGGCGAUGACGAUGGCAACUUCAUAACCAAAUAUCUCGAGGGGCGCAUGCAACGGCAGUUUGUGGAUGGCCCAGAGAUCUACAAUGGACAGAAUCCCACAGAGAUGCCCGUACUGAAGCUGGGAGGCUAUGAGGCUGGAACCUGCUCCAUCACGGCCGCCUGCACUGGUCCCGACGAGGGUUUGACGGGGAUCAAGCGCUCGAAGCUCCAUCUGAGUGCCAGCUAUGCGGACGACAUUGAUUUCAUCGAUACGCAGCAGGAGAACGAGGAUUGCUAUGCAACGGCACGGCCUCCUGCUGCAGCCACACAGCAGAGCACCUCCGCCACAAGGCUCACGAAUAAAUUUGGCCGGCCACAGGGGGGGCCCAGCGGCGGCGGUGGUUCCCGCAGACAAAGCAAUGCUGGUGACCAGCAGGUAGGAACGGCCUCCACAUCGGGCAUGCGUUCGCGCAAGAACUCCAAGAGCAGUAUUGCAAAUCUCGCGGCGGCGGCUUCCGGAGAUACCGGAAAGGCCAGCACCUCCUGUGUUUCGUCGCAGGACCAGAACAACAGAAAUCUGUUGAAUGCAAAGACUGAGGCCUCUGCGGAUGCCAGCCCAAAUUCGGAAAGGGAGCGUCUGCUCCGCGAGGCAGUAAGCAACCAGGGUGGCUCGUCCGCCACCUCAUCUCCUCCUGCGAUCGUUGCUGGCGUGGAGAACUGGCGCAUGGAAUGCGACUUUGCCUACGGAAUCUCUGUGUCCCUCUACGAAACGAAUAUGCUAACGAAGGAGCCCAUGGGUAAUCCCAUUGCCGAUUGUUAUGGCAUGGUAGUGCGUGGGGAUUCCGCUGCAAUGGCCAUGGCAGAUGGCGUCAAUUGGGGUGAUGGAGCUCGUCUGGCCGCUCGUUCGGCCGUCCAUGGCUGUCUGGACUACCUAGAUCGGGCGGUUUUCGGACAGGCACAGGAAUGCAGGGCCACCACAACGCAGGAGGUGUUUGUGAGUCUCCUGCGCAGCCUGUGGGAGGGUCAUGGCUGCAUACUGGAAGUAGGAGGCGCACUGUCCACACUCACCAUUGCCGUUGUGCUGCCGCUGGACGGUGCACCCGGAAAGUAUGUGGUGUGCUCCUGCAAUGUGGGUGAUUCCCUGGGCUACGUGUACUCCAAGAAGCACGGGGUAAGGGAGUUGACCCAAGCCUCCCACGACAUCAGUUCCAUGAGGGACAUGCGUGAUGCACUGGGGGCCUUGGGCCCUGCAGAUGGCAACAAACCGGAGCUCAGUAAUCUCACAUUUACAAUGAGCUGCAUCGAGAGCGGGGACAUUGUGUUCCUCACAUCGGAUGGGAUAAGCGAUAACUUUGAUCCGGUGGUGGGGAAAUUCGCCGAGGCCUGGACACCCGAUGUGAAGCUGCAGACAUCGGUGGGGAAGCCCUCAAGUUUGGCGCCCAAGCGGCAGAAUAAGAGCGCCUCGGCGAUCUAUGCACGUCUGCAUCCAUCAACGCCUCCCACACGACCAGCGAGGCAGGCAAAGGCGAGCAGUCCGCCCAGCAAUGCGCCCAGUCGUCCGAAAUACAUGCGCUCCCAGACGCUGAUUGAACCACGGCAGGGACUGGGACCGCCAGCCUCUGUGACGACAACGCCGCAGCGCAUACCCAAGUCGAUCUCUGGAUUGCCUCUCGUGACGGGACCGCAACGACAUGCCCUGACACUGUAUCGGCUGGAAGAUCUUCUUAGUUAUGGCAUCAAUGGCACCUUCUCGCCCUGCGCUUCGGCGAGGCGGCUCUGCCACCUGCUCAUCGAUUUCGUGCGAAUGAUAACCUCUGCGCGCCGCAAGACCCUGGAACAGAGAGAGCUCUUCUACAAGCUCUCGACGGGACCCGAUGGGGCCAAGCGGGAGGUGCAGCUCAAUCGAAUGCAGCAUCGAGCGGCCAGGAAGAGGGUGGUAGACAGCAGUGCCUUCGUGGCGCUGCCAGGGAAACUAGAUCAUGCCACAGUGCUGGCCUACACAGUGGGAGGCGGAAGACCGGAGGGAACAUCACACAAUGGAAACGAAAAUGAGGGAACGACGACACUUUCCCCCGUGCUACAAUCCAAGGAAUUUAAGGAGACAAAUUUCUAG